ACUCCUUGGCUUAAGGAUCCAGUCUGUAGCGGUAGGUGAGUGCACUACCUCGCUGGGACCCGCACGCUGCCUUUGGGUUGGAGCAUCCAGAAGGAAGUUCUUAUAAGGUGCUGGGAAUACCGGUGUGCCGGCUGGGGCUUGGUGCUGACAGGAAUCGAGACGAUCCUGGCUCUGGACUACAUAUCUCCAACUUCGUAGCACUCAGGUUAAUUCCUUACGGAAGUCGGCCUUGCCAGUGCGGAGUGGCUGUGCCCUUCUCCGCUGGUCGUCGGCCGCUUCACUUCGGUUCCUAGCGGCGGAGGCGUGGUGCUAUCAGCUGUGUUCCUCUGCGCCGCAGCCCUGCUCUCCUCUUAGGACUCUGCACAUCUCCAGGAGAGGAACCCAGAAAGUUGAUCAGUUCUGACAGUUCUCAAAACCAUGCCUCACUGGUUGGUAACUUUCAGGGAUGUGGCCAUCAACUUCUCUCAGGAGGAAUGGGAAUGCCUUGACCCCAUUCAGCGGGAUUUGUACAGGGAGGUCAUGGUGGAGAACUACAGCCACCUGAUCUCACUGGCUGGAUGUUCGAUCCCUAAGCCAGACGUGUUUUCCUUACUGGAGCGAGGGAAGGAGCCCUGGAUGGUGGUGAGAGCCAUGACAAGAUGGAGCUCAGACUUGGAAUACAGCUGUGAGACCAAAAAGUUAUGUCCAGAAAAGGGAACUUAUGAAAUGGAAUCACUGCAAUGGGAGAAUAUGAGGAAACCUAUCAGCCAUAACCUUGAGUACAAUGAUCUUGGAGAAAAUACAGAGUGCAAAGGCAAGUUUGAGGAUCAACAGAGAAGUCAGGAAAGACCAUACAUGCACAUGAAAAUUACCUGUAAAGAAGAGGCCACUCAAAGCCAUUCCAUGUCCCCUAUUCUUCAUCAGAUAAAUCCUACCAAGGAAAAAUUGUACAAAUGUAAAGAAUGUAAACAAGCUUUCAGCUACUUGUCAUGCCGUAUUCAACAUAAGAAAAGUCAUAAUAAAGAAAAACACUCUGACGUUAAGAAAUGUAGGAAGAUCUUCAGCAAAAAGCCAACCUAUAUUCAACAUCAGAGGAUUCAGAAUGGUGAGAAACCUUAUGAGUGUAUGGAAUGUGGAAAGGCCUUUGGUCGUAGUUCUGAUCUGAUUCAACAUCAGAAAAUUCAUACUAAUGAAAAACCUUAUCAAUGUAAAGCAUGUGGGAAGGCCUUUAUUCGUGGUUCACAACUCACUGAACAUCAGAGAGUUCAUACAGGAGAGAAACCAUAUGAAUGUAAGAAAUGUGGAAAAGCCUUUAGUUAUUGUUCACAAUAUACACUCCAUCAGAGAAUUCAUAGUGGUGAAAAACCUUAUGAAUGUAAGGAAUGUGGGAAGGCCUUUAUUCUUGGCUCUCAGCUUACUUACCAUCAGAGAAUUCAUAGUGGUGAGAAACCCUAUGAGUGUAAGGAAUGUGGAAAGGCUUUUAUUCUUGGUUCACACCUUACUUAUCAUCAAAGAGUUCAUACUGGUGAAAAGCCUUACAGAUGUAAAGAAUGUGGGAAGGCCUUUUUAUGUGCCUCCCAACUUAAUGAACAUCAGAGAAUUCACACAGGUGAGAAACCCUAUGAAUGUAAAGAAUGUGGAAAGGCCUUUUCUCGUGGCUCACAACUUACUUAUCAUCUGAGAGUUCAUACAGGUGAGAGACCCUAUAAGUGCAAAGAAUGUGGGAAAACCUUUAUUUCUAAUUCUAAUCUUACUCAACAUCAGAGAAUUCAUACAGGUGAGAAACCUUACAAAUGUAAGGACUGUGGAAAGGCCUUUAUUUGUGGCAAACAACUUAGUGAACAUCAGAGAAUUCAUACAGGUGAGAAACCCUUUGAAUGUAAGGAAUGUGGAAAGACCUUUAUUCGUGGUGCAUAUCUUACUCAACAUGAGAAAAUUCAUGGUGAGAAGCAUUAUGAAUGUAAGGAAUGUGGGAAGACCUUUUUUCGUACCACACAACUUACAUAUCAUCAGAGAAUUCAUACAGGUGAAAAACCCUACAAAUGUAAGGAAUGUGACAAAGCUUUUAUUUAUGGCUCACAACUUAGUGAACACCAGAGAAUUCAUAGAGGUGAAAAACCCUAUGAAUGUAAGCAAUGUGGGAAGGCCUUUAUUCGUGGUUCACACCUUACUGAACAUCUAAGAACUCAUAAUGGUGAGAAACCCUAUGAAUGUAAGGAAUGUGGGAAGGCCUUUAGUCGUGGCUCAGAACUUACUCUACAUCAAAGGAUCCAUACUGGUGAGCAACCCUAUGCAUGCAUCCAGUGUGGUAAAGACUUUAGACGUCAUUCACAACUUAUUCAACAUAUGAGGCUUCAUAAUUGAGAAAGCUUUAUAUAUGAUUUAAUAUAAGAAAGCCUUCACCCAUCUUCAGCAGCUCUGGAAUAUUAGAGAACUCAUAUUAUGUUUGUAAUGAAUAUAGGACAUCCUUUUGAUUGUGUUCAAAAUCAACUCAUUUUUAGAAGGCUUAUAUUAACUUCAUGAAUGCAGAAAUAAAUGACUUCUGGAACCCAUUAAACAUUUUUAAAAAUCUCUAUAACCCUGGAAUGUAAUGCUGAAUUAUAUCCUUUAUUGAGCACCAUCUCUAUUUUAAUAUUUCCUAACUGUGAAAUUGGAUAGGUUACUUAACUUCUCUGUGCCUCCAUUUCUUUAUGUGUAAAAUACUAUAAUGGUAUAAUAAUGAUCAAAUUGUAAGUGAUUAAACACAUGUAACUCCCUUUGGACAGUAUCUGAUACUCAGUGUUAUUAUCGUUAUUAUUAUUAUCAUUAUCAUGAUUAUUAUCAUCAUUAUUAAUGCUAUUAGAGAAGUCAAAUGGUGGAAUAUUUUAUAAGUGCCAUAGAGAGAUGUAAACAUUCUAUUACCAUCUAUCCCCUUUUGAACCCAAAUAAUUUAUUCUAUGACAAGAGCUUUAGAACAUAAUAAGAGUAUGAAGGCCUCUAUUUUAGAGCUCAUAAAUUUUGCUGCACCAGAAAAUUCAUACUGGAAAGAAACUCUAUGGAAGAAAUUUCUUUACGGUUGUAGAGCUUUUUUAUAAAAUCAAGGAGAGGUGAUUUUUCUACAACAAAUUACAAAAGCAGAAGUCAUUUUCCACAUUUUCUAAUUACUACUUUAAGGAUAAAAGAAUUUACCAACAAAAUGAUAGCCAAGUUAAUGCCAUUAAAAAAAACCUAUAAAAUAUUGUCUUAAAUGAGAAAUCAAAGCAAAAUUUACCAACUACAGUUUUUCCUCAUUAUCUGAACCUAAUCUAUUCCUGAUAACAUGAUGAACAGUAAAUUUUCUGAUGCCCAAACUUCAGAGCCUACCUACAUCCCAUUACUUCAAAUGGGAAAAAUAAUGUUUCCAACCCAUUCAAGUACCCUAACCAAUUUUCCCAAACAUAAUUUAAAUUCAAGUUAAACCACUUACAUGACUUCUCUCAGGGAUUUCUGAAUAAUAUAAAACAUUUAAAACCCAGUUAACAAGUAAUUAAUUAGCAGACAUGUUUGUGCAUGCAAUUAUUUUGAACAUUAUAAAGUAUGAAUUAUGUUUUUCUUCUACAAUUCAAGGAACAGAUAC